UAAACUAAUGGCGGGCACUUUUGAUUGACGUGACAAGCUGAGAGAAGUUAGUUUGAUUAUUUUUCGUGAAAAUGAAUGUCCGAGAUGAAAAUGUGGAUGACCUCAGCUAUGAACAGAGGCUGAAGGCGGCAGUGCAUUACACUGUGGUGAGGAUAUGUCGGGAUGUUGGGGAUGACCUGAAUGUCUCCGUCAACAAGCAGGUGAUGGCCUGCAUUGCAGAGACAACAUGGAGACAGUUUGAGACCUACUCUCAUGAUCUGGAGAUGUUUGCAAGGCAUGCCAAGCGCAGCACAGUGUUACCGGAAGAUGUGAAGCUGCUUGUGAGGAAAAGUCCCAAACUGCUGGAACAUAUCCACUCCCUCCACAGACAGCUCACAGCCAACAAGGAGGAGCCCAGCAGGAAGAAGGGAGCCAGGCUGAACAAGAAGAAGUCCGCGGCUGCAGCAGAAUCUAACUUUGAGACCGAUGAGAAUUCCAAUGUAUAGGAUAAUGCGACACCAAUGUGCAGGAUUGACAUUAGUGAUAACAGCGAUGUGUUGGACUGUCAGAACUUGGGCCGUUACGAUUCACUUGCAUUUUCAGUGAAUCGAACCGUAUCCAUUCAUGAAUUGAAUUCGUUAUUCGUGGCCACUAGAAUCGAAUAUUUAUGAAUAUGCAUAAGUGAUUGUGUAGUACUGAUAACACACAACACACAUGUAGGUCUGAUGAAAAUGCUGAUUUCUAGGACUGACAAGAAAGCCAGUGUGUUGAAUGUAUAAUACAAGGGCGGAUCCUGCAUUUUUAACAGGGAGGGGUCCAAAAUAUCAAAAUCCUCUCUCAGUCUGUCAGUUUUAUUGUCUACAACACACUACAAUUUUCAAAGGUGGGGUGUAUGGACCCUCUGGACCCUCCCCUGGACCCGCCUAUGUUAUGAAACAAAUGUAUCAGACUGGUAAAGCGCAUAUGCAGAGCUGUUGAGAAUGCCAGUGCGUUGGAUUUUGUUGGAUUGUUGUUUAAUGCCGCAAUAUUCCAGCUAUAUGAUGCCAGUCUGUAAAUAAUUAAGUCUGGUCCAGAUAAUCCAGUAAUUGACAUCUUGAGCAUCUGUUCACUGCUCAAAGGC